AUGUGCCAAGGUUAUAGUUGUGGCAGCCUCCAGGAUCACCAGGAAGGCAAGUCCAACCUGAGCAAGGAGGGGGAGAGCAGCCGGUGUGGGAGAGUGUCAGUCCGUCCAGUGCGACUGUGCCGUGGAUAUGCCACCCCCUCAGGAGAGUCUGGUGUCUCUGUUGGCAAAAUCAUUGGUGCAGGCCUCCUGGUUGUGGGUGGAGGAGUAGGUGGAACCGUCCUGUAUGCCAGCUAUGAUACACAAUUCCGGGAGAGCAUAGAGAGGGCUGUUCCCUACUCUGAUAAGCUCUUUGAGAUGGCACUUGGUCCUGCACCUUAUACUGUUCCCAUGCCAAAGAAACCCAUCCAGCAGGGUCCACUGAAGAUCUCAUCUGUAGCCGAAGUAAUGAAAGAGUCUAAACAGCCUGUUAACAAAUCCCAGAUGAGCAAAGCAGAAAGUUUUGCUCCCUCAGAGGAAAAAGAAGGCAAGGCUGCAGCACAGAUCAUCUCUGCAACUGGUGUAGCCAUGUCAGUGCCAGCUCCAGGGAUACAGACUGAAGAAGGUGAGAAAGAUCAUGAACAUGAUGAAGAAAAACAAAAUCCUGCAGCUUCAAAACAUGAAGGUUCCCAUGUCAUAAAAGAAAGGUCACCAGAAGAAGUUGCAGCCCGGCUUGCCCAGCAAGACAAAGAGGAGCAGGAGAUGAUAGCAGCUCUUGCAUCAACUUUAGAAGGAGCCCUAAGUGCAACAGCCCGUACAACCCUGCAGGCCAUCACUGCCCAGGAGGCUGCUGUGCAAGCAGUGAAUGCCCACUCACAAAUACUGAAGGAGGCCAUGGACAAUUCUGAGGAUGCUGGGGAGAAAAAACCAUCCCAGUGGCGCACCCUGGAGGAGGCUCUGAAGGACCGGAGGAGAGCAGUGGAUGAGGCUGCUGACGCCCUCCUGAAAGCCAAAGAGGAGUUAGAGAAGACAAAAGGUGUGAUCGAGAAUGCCAAAAAGUCUCAGGUUGCAGGAACCAAACCUCACAUUACUGCUGCAGAAGAAAAUCUUCGUCAUAUGAUAGUGGACUUGGACAACGUGGUGAAAAAGGUUCAGGAAGCACAAUCUGAGGCCAAGAUAGUAGCUCAGUACCAUGAGCUUGUGGCUACAGCUAGAGAAGAGUUUCAGCGAGAGCUGGACAGCAUCACCCCUGAUGUGAAGCCUGGCUGGAAGGGCAUGAAGAUAACUGACUUAGCUGGCCAGCUGUCCACAGACGACCUGAACUCCCUGAUCGCCCACGCCCAUCGGCGCAUCGACCAGCUGAACAGGGAGCUGGCGGAGCAGCGGGUCCGGGAGCAGCAGCACAUCGAGUCUGCCCUGGAGAAGCAGAAACUUGAAGACAAAAAAGCAUUUGAAGCAGCCGUGGCCAAAGCGCUGGAGCGGCACAGGAGUGAGAUCGAAAUUGAACAGGAGAAGAAGGUUGAGGAGGUGCGAGAGGUGAUGGAGAGCGAGAUGAGGACCCAGCUGCGGCGGCAGGCGGCUGCUCACACUGACCACCUGAGGGAUGUUCUGAAGAUCCAGGAGCAGGAGCUGAAGGUGGAAUUUGAGCAGAACUUGUCAGAGAAACUCAGCGAGCAAGAGAUGCAGUUCAGACGCCUGACUCAGGAGCAGCUGGACAACUUCACCUUGGAUAUCAACACUGCCUAUGCCCGGCUGAAAGGGAUCGAGCAAGCUGUCGAGAGUCAUGCAGAAGCAGAAGAGGAAGCCAGGAAGGCCCACCAGCUGUGGCUUUCUGUAGAAGCGCUCAAAUACUGCAUGAAAACAGCCUCUGGGGACAGUCCCACCGAACCUCUGGAGGGCGCUGUGAAGGCCAUCAAAGCCAGCUGCUCCGACAACGCCUUCACGGAGACCCUGACAGCGGCUCUGCCCCAGGAGUCCCUGACGCGGGGCGUGUACAGCGAGGAGGCCCUCAGAGCUCGCUUCUACACUGUCCAAAAACUGGCAAAGAGAGUGGCCAUGAUCGAUGAAACCAGAAACAGCCUCUACCAGUACUUCCUCUCCUACCUGCAGUCGCUGCUGCUGUUCCACCCGCAGCAGCUGAAGCCACCGGCUGAGCUCAGCCCCGACGACCUCGACACCUUUAAGUUACUGUCUUAUGCUUCCUACUGCAUCGAGCAUGGGGACCUGGAGUUGGCAGCUAAAUUUGUCAACCAGCUGAGGGGAGAGUCGAGGCGGGUGGCGCACGACUGGCUGAAGGAGGCACGGAUGACCCUGGAGACAAAACAGGUAGUGGACAUCCUGACAGCCUACGCCAGCGCUGUGGGGAUAGGGACGACGCAGGUGCAGUGA